AUGGCGCGGUUCUUCGGUGCCCUUUUCGCCCUCCUCGCCUUCCUCCACUCCGCGCUGGCUCUGAAAUUCGACCUGCUUGCGCAUCCGGGCCAUUCGGCGAACAACGAACGAUGUAUUCGCAAUUUUGUCAACAGGGAUACUUUAGUGGUGGUGACGGCGACGGUGGGCGGCCACAAGGGCGAUGGCAUGGUCGUCAACAUGCAUAUUAAAGACGCAGUCGGCAAUGACUACGGCCGCCCCAAGGAUAUCGUGGGCGAGAGCCGCAUGGCCUUCACUAGUCUGGCGGACACGGCCUUCGAUGUCUGCUUUGAGAACACUCUGAUCGGUCGCGUCUCCGGCACGCAACCCUCCCGCCACGUCGAACUCGACAUCGAUAUCGGCGCCGACGCGCGCGACUGGUCCGCCAUCCAGGCGGCGGAGAAGCUGAAGCCCGUGGAUACGGAGCUGCGGCGCAUCGAGGCCUCGGUCAACGAGAUCGUCCAGGAGAUGGAGUACCUGCGGAUACGGGAGCAGAAGCUGCGCGACACCAAUGAGAGCACCAACGAAAGAGUGAAAUGGUUUGCCCUGGGGACCAUGGGGAUGCUGGUCGGCCUCGGCGCGUGGCAGGUCGUGUAUCUGCGGGCUUAUUUCAGAUCCAAGCAUCUCAUCUAG